CGUCGCUUUCUAUCACCUUUUCUGGUCAAGCGCCGGCGCUGCUGUCCGAACGCUGCCGACAUGUUUCGCAACCAAUAUGAUAAUGAUGUCACUGUAUGGAGUCCCCAGGGUCGAAUUCAUCAAAUAGAAUAUGCAAUGGAGGCUGUCAAACAAGGAUCUGCAACUGUGGGGCUAAAAUCAAAAUCCCAUGCUGUUUUAGUUGCCUUAAAGAGGGCACAAUCUGAACUGGCAGCUCAUCAGAAAAAAAUCUUGUAUGUUGACAACCAUAUUGGUAUUUCCAUUGCUGGACUUACUGCUGAUGCAAGACUCUUAUGCAAUUUCAUGCGUCAGGAGUGUUUGGAUUCCAGAUUUGUAUUUGACAGGCCUCUUCCAGUAUCUCGAUUAGUGUCUCUGAUUGGAAGCAAAACACAGAUACCAACGCAGCGUUAUGGCAGAAGACCAUAUGGUGUGGGACUUCUUAUUGCAGGCUUCGAUGAUAUGGGUCCCCAUAUCUUCCAGACUUGCCCUUCUGCAAAUUAUUUUGAUUGCAAAGCAAUGUCCAUUGGUGCACGAUCCCAAUCAGCUCGAACUUAUUUGGAACGACAUAUGACCGAGUUUUCUGACUGUAACCUGAAUGAAUUAGUGAAGCAUGGACUGCGUGCUCUGAGAGAGACACUUCCAGCUGAACAAGAUCUAACUAUUAAGAAUGUUUCUGUUGGGAUUGUUGGUAAAGAAAUGGAGUUUACAAUUUAUGAUGAUGAUGAUGUAGCACCAUUCCUGGAAGGUCUGGAAGAAAGACCACAGAGAAAGACUGCUCAGCCUGCUGAAGAUACAGCAGAAAAGCCUGAGGAACCAAUGGAGCACUAAAUGCACUGCAUAAUGUAUGCGUUACUUCAGAGGAAAUAGUGCGAGGAGCACUAUUUGUAUUGUGGUAACUUUAAAAUUCAAGGCAUAAUGUAGUGAUAAAACACCAGUGUUUAAAAGAAUUA